AUGUCUCUUCGACAUCGGUCUCAACCACUAUCCAAGUGGUCAACUACCUCCCUAUACCUCCUUUUGAUCCCAUUAUCCCAGAGUAUAUUAGUGAACAGUCAAUAUAUCCCACCUCAGGCUUUAUCUUAUAGAAGAACAUAUGUGAAUAGUACAUUGGUAGGCAGAGGUGAUGAAUCAAAUGACAAAACCAAAGAUAACUCAGACGCCCAAUCGCAAUCGCAAUCGCAAUCUAAAGAAUUACGGUUAAUGUCCCACGAAGAUUUCUGUGUAUAUGGUUUAUCAGAGGAGAAUAAAGGCAAAAUGUUGAGUGAGUCGGUAGAUAAUGUGAUUAGUUAUUGCUCAAAGUCCGGUCAUGGUACGAGAUUGAUACCCGACGGUACGUUAAAGGGAGUUACCUACGUCAGAACACCAUCUUGGGUUCAAGUUAGCGGAUCAGGCGAUUUCAGCCAGAUUGGAAUUUCCUCGGAUGACUCUGGAGCUCAAUUCGAUUCGUCUUCGCAUAAUCCCCAGGGAUCAAGUUUGAUCACUAGUCAGGGAGGUGAUCCUGCAAAAGACUGGGUGACGAUGAUUUCCGGUCAAACAUUCUGCGUUAGAGCAUGUUUCGGUGAUCCCGCCUUCUGUCCAACACAGUACGAUUCCCUGGGAUGUUACUUCCUAACCUCGAACGGGGUAGGAUGGGACGAUGUGUGGCAAGAUUGUGAGGGCGAUGAAGGUGAUCCACCAGGUGUGAUUGAUGGUCAAACUUACACUCCUGGAAAUGGUCCAGUACCCACACAGUCUAUACCAGCCGUGACAAAUUGUCAACCAGGCUCGUCCAUCCAGAACGGUCAAACAGCCGCUGCAAACUCAGGAGGAUCGAAAAACGCAUCAGCAUCGGGCACUACAAGUGGUGGAGAAGGAUCAACAUCUUGGGUACCCGUUCAAACUUGUCUUCCAUGCACUGCCACUGCCGCGUCUGGCUCGGCGUCUGCGUCAAAUGAUGAGGCGGGUUCAAGUUCUGAAAAGAGUGACGGGUCUUCAUCAGCUGGCUCUUCAUCUGAUAAUCCAUUCGCAUCUGAAGAAUCUGAAGCAUCAGACUCGGCAGCACCCUCCAGCUCCGCGUCUUCGCCUGCAUCAGGAUCUGGUCAAAGUGAAUCAUCGGCAGCGGAGGGCGGGACAGAGCAAGUAGGCGUGACGAAAUUAUCUUCAUCUACUGCCACUUCUGCCUCUGGUUCCGUUUCCGGUGCAGCGGCAAUCACUCCCGCCCCAUCACCCGCAGGAGAUCUGAGUGCACGUGAAUUAGAUCAAUGGUGGAAUCUGCGACGAGGAGAUCUAGAAGGGGAAGGAGAAGGGGAGGGAGAGACGAUCACUUCAGGUGAUCAAUGUUGUUUUACCACCUGGACACCAUCUGUUGUAGGAGGUGCUGGAGGGGCGAAAGCUACUGGUACAUCAUCAACGGGUAGUAAAGGUACAGGUUCAAACUCGACUGGGACUGCAAGUGGGAAAGGUGCCAGUGCCAAGAAUGGUACGGCUGCAAGUACAGGUGGAGGAGCAGUUUCGAGUGGAACUGGCAAGAACGGCACGACUGGAGUGAAUGGGACAAACGGAAAUGGAACCAAUUCAUCAGGAAGUUUCGCUCCGUCAUCACAUUUGAAUUUGGGUAAUGGAGGGUUGGAUAAGUUAAUCGGACUUGGCAUGGCAGCUGGUUUAGGGCUGUUAAUAGGUGGGAUGGCAUUAGUAUAA